AAAAAGUGUGAGGUCUAUAAAAACAUGGAUACAAUAACUGACAUGACAAAUUCUGAUCAAAUUAAAGCUCUGAAAUACAAUGGAAUUGAACCAAAACAUUUUAGCAAUAGUCGUCACUCUGUUUGUGUACUUGAUGGCUUACAAUCUUUACGCAGGGGAUUUCAAACAGAUAAUUAUUUGAUCCAAAAUAUGUUUGAAUGUAUUAUUAAUUGGGUAAAUCACAAAUUGGAUUCUAGAAAAGAUUUAUUACCAAAAUUAGUGGAACAUGUGCGUUUGUCAUUAGUURCCCUGGAGUACUUAUUAAAAAAUGUAGUUGAAGAACCUCUCUUUAAAAAUAGCAUUGAAUGCAAAGAUUAUUUAAUUAAAGCUUUACAUUUCCAUCUGUAUAAAUUAAAACCAGAUAUUACAAUUCCACAAACAAUUUGUUGUUCUAGAGAGCCUGCUGGUUUAAAAAAUAUUGUUCUAGUUUUAAGUUGGUCUGAAACAAUAAAUAAGAUGUUAACAAACUGGUAUGACCCAACAACUGAUCAAUGGGAGAUUGCACCUGAAAUGACUGUAUGCCGUAAUUCAGCUCGUCUGUCCAUAAUAAAUAAUCAAUUCCUUUUUGCUGUGGGUGGUGUUUAUAUUAGUAAUUCUCGAUCUGUUGAAAUGCUUGAUUUAUUUUCAUUAUCGCCAAUUUGGGUACCAACAGUUAACAUGUUAGUUAAUCGAAAAUGGUUGGCAGUUGCUGUAUUAAAUGAUUGUAUAUAUGCUGUUGGCGGAUAUGAUGAUGAAUCAGAAAAUAAUUUACAGAGUGCGGAGGUUUUUAAUAUCAAUAUUCAAGAAUGGCGAAUGAUUUCCAGUAUGACAACUGAAAGAAGUUAUUUCAGUACUGCAGUACUCAAUAAUCGUUUGUAUGCGGUAGGAGGUUAUAACGGUUCCACUUAUUUGAAAUCUGUAGAAUGUUAUGAUCCUACACUUGAUAAAUGGACAAUAGUUGCAGAAAUGUCUGCAUAUCGUUCAGAUGUUAGUGUAGAAGUCUUGGACAAUGUAAUAUAUGCUGUUGGUGGUGAAAAUGACCUCGGAAUUCUCAAUAGUGUUGAGGCUUAUAAACUAAGUGAUGGUUAUUGGACUUCUGUAGCUGAUAUGCAUGAGUGUCGGGCUAAUGCGGGAAUAUUUGCUCUAAAUGGAUUAUUAUAUAUUAUUGGAGGAAAAAAUAAAGAAUCUGAUAGUCUGUUACCAGCUGCAAACCUCUUACAGUUGGACUACGUAAACGGUGCAUGCACUAAGUUCAUGCAAACACGAUUGCAUCCUUCAAAUUGUCUUGGUAUCAAAGCAUUUGCUGAUUUACAUAACUGUACGGAAUUGUUGUCCAUAUCUGAAGCAUACAUUAAAAAARAGUUUUUAUAUGUAGCUAAAUGCGAAGAAUUUUUAUCUUUAUCUUAUAAAGAAGUCAUUGAACUAAUCUCCUGUAAUGACCUAUUUGUUCCAUGUGAAGAAAAAGCGAACAAAAGGAGUGUAGUAUGCUAUUGUAUAUUAGAUAAUUUCCGAUCUAAACAAUCAUCUUGGGAAAUUAGUGUACCAAAUUUCGAGUUCAUUGAUAUAAAACGAGUGUUUAAGUUGUGA